AUGAGCGAUUUGGAGGAAGGCGAGGACCUACAACAUGGCCAAAAGGUGGUCAAAACAAAGGUCGACACACAGGAAGUGUUGUCCAGAAGAGCGUUAUCUCGAAGCAAGUUGCAAAAAUUCAUAGACACCUUUAUCAGAGUCUCCGGGAUAGAGACCAGAGGGAUCGAGCCGGUCCCUGCAGAUCAGCGACAGCCCGCUACGCCGGACAGCUACGCUCGAAUAUUCCAGCUAUGGCUAAGCUCAUCCUUGACAGCGAACAACAUGAUCGUGGGCAUGUAUGGCCCUUCAUUCUACAACCUGGACUGGACGCAGGCCGUCGUCUGUGGUGUAUUCGGGGCCAUUAUCGGGAGCAUGGCCACCGGCUAUAUGAGCACAUGGGGCCCCAAGAGUGGGAAUCGUACACUGGUCGUCACGAGAUACUUCUUGGGAUACUACCCGAGCAAAGUAUUCUACGUGUUGAACACAUUGACGAUGCUUGGAUACGCGAUGGUGAACGGCAUUCUUGGAGGACAGAUUAUCUUCACUGUCUCCGGAGGCCACACAGGGGUUUCAGUGGGCAUUAUCGUCGUCUCCGUCCUGACCUGGUUCAUCGCAACCGUGGGCAUGCAUGUGUUCCACGUGUACACCAGGUACAUAUCUCCAUUCCACCCAAUCUAUGCGCGCCCACAUUCCCAUGCUGAAUCUCACGACCCAACAGAUACGCCUGGAUCCUCCAACUCUCCAUCCUCUCCAUCAUGA